AUUUCUAAGUGACCCCAAACCUUUGAACGGAUAUAUAGAUAUAUGUUACACACACACACGCACACACACGCACGCACACACACACACAGUCUUGUAUAUCUAACCUUGUAUAACUAAUCCAUUCAAAAUCCUGUACCCUAACAUUAAUCCUUAAACCUAGCUCCUAACCCCAAAACUAAACCUAGCUCCUAACCCCAAAACUAAACCUAGCUCCUAACCCUGAACUUAAUUCUAACCAUAACACCAAUUCUAACCUUAACCCUAAACCCCCUAGAAAUAGCAUUUGACCUUGGGGACUAACAAAAUGGCCCCAGUUGGUCAAAUUUGUUUGUUUACUAUUCUUGCUCAGCUUUAUGCCAACUGAUAAGUGGUGAGAAUGAAAAGUAUUGCUGUUCUGUCCGUUACAGGUCUGGUAAUUAACCUUCAGCACUUCACAGCCACAGAGAACCUCUAUCUGACUAUUUUAAACCUACACAACAACUUUUGCAGUAAAGACAUUGUUUUCACUUCCCUUUUCUCAAGACAUAUUUAAAGGUUGUUCUCUAGUAUUCUGCACGAGACUGUAGCGGUCUAGGUGUCGACAGAAGUACAGACCUCUCCCUCCAUAGAAGCACAGAGGUCUGGCAAAGGAAGACAGUUUGUAAACACGGAACACUGAGGUCUAACACCAAGAAUGACGUUUGUGUUUUGGGUGUGGAGGCCCGGUGUGAGUGUGCUGCUGCUCUUGUGUGUGUGUGACGGAGCAGAAGGGGUGAUCAGGCGUCACUGUGACUGCUAUGAGGAAGAUAUGUAUGUACAGAAAGACAUCGGAGGGUUCAUACAGUGUUCCCUUAAGCCUGGCCUGGGACCCUAUGCUGAGUGCACAGAGAUCACUGACCUCAGGUCUGGGCUGGAGGAGGUGUUUCCUGAUGUGCGUUCUCUUUGUAUCCUUCACUCUUCCUCCUCCCUGCCUGCAGACUCCUUCUCUCACAUUCCCCUCCUGGAGCACCUCUAUUUGGAUGGCUCACACCUGGCAAAGGUGACCUCAGGGGCCUUCGCUGGUCUGCCCAAACUAAGGUUCCUCCACAUCCUCGUCUCCUCCUCCUGGGGGGGAGUGAACGUCACUCUGGAGCCAGGGGUGUUCCAGGGCCUGUCUAGCCUGGAGGAGCUCACCCUGGCUGGGAUGAGUCUGGCCCUGGCCCCCCCUGCUCUGCUGGAUCCCCUGGUACGGGUGAGGAGCCUGAGGGUGGACAGGGCUGGAGCGAGAGACCUGGGGGAACUGUUCUGUCUCCUCUCCCCUGGGAUGGAGAAACUAGAGACCCUGGAGCUGCCUGACAGCAUGGUCAGCUCCAUCCAGAACGGAGGCUGCUCUGGAUCCAAUCCGUGGCCCACAGUGCUCCUGUCCAGGAUCCGGAUCCUGGAUCUGAGUGGAAACCCGGUGCGAAGGGUAGAGCCGAAGUCUCUGUCUGUGUUCCAGAACCUGUCCAGUCUGUCCCUGUCUAUGGUGGAUGUCUGGGUGGGCCAGCUGUGGGGGUCUGGCAUGGGGAGGGUUAACAAGCUCUACCUGUCCAGUUACACCUUGAAACAGUUCACCCCCAGCCUGUCUGACCUGUGUACUCUGGUAGUAAAACAUGGAGUGGAGUCCUUGGAUCUGCACCUGGCCCUGAUCACAGCCUUCACUGCAGAGGUCAUGAAGAGGUGUGGUCCUGGUCUGAGGCAGCUGUCUGUGACUUCUGAGGAUCUGUCUGGUAUGGACCUGGGGUUCUGGACUGGUACCGGUCAGAUACAGGGUCUGAUGAUGGUCCUGACCAAGCUGACCAAUGCCUCGUUCUGCUCAGCAGGGGGAGGGAGGGUGUGGAACCUCACCUCUCUCAUUCUCCAUGAGAACCACCUCACUGAGAUCACCACUGAUCAGUUCUCCUGUAUGCCCCUGCUGGAGCGUUUGGAUCUGAGUGGGAACCAUAUCUCCUCCCUGGCCCACCGGGCUCUCCAGGGGAUACCGCUCCUCCGUGUCCUCGACCUCACCCACAACAAAAUCUCCCUGCUGGGAGAAGACGACUUUGAGGGUCUGCCUGCUCUAGAGGUUCUCCUCCUGGAAGGGAACAAGAUCUCGGGGGGCAUCGCUCAUGGGGUGUUCCGUAGACAGCAUCGACUCCAAGACCUCAGCCUGGGAGAGAUAGACAUUAUCUACCAGCUCUACCUCAACAUGCUGUUCCUGGGCUUCCCCACCAAGCUCCAGCACCUCCUCAUCGACACAGGCCCAGGAACCUACCUCACCGUAGGCCAUGUUCCCGCUCCUGAGUUCCCCAUGGUCCUGGAACUCAGAGGGAAGAUGAUCCAGUCCUCUGACUGUGAAAACAACAUGUUCCCCAUGGUCCGAGAGCUGAAGGUGGGCGAGGGGACAAAAUUUGACUGCAACAACAUUUUCCUGGCCCCCUACUUCCUCAACCUGGAGUCGUUUGAGUUCUCAGCCAACCCUGAGAAGUUUGCCACCCCCUACACCACCAUCAACCAGCUUCGAAAGCUGAAGAGGCUCAAACUGACCAACCUCAACUUCUCCAACCACACAGACCCCAGUGUUACCUUCAGGAACCUGACGGAGCUCAGGAGCCUAGUGCUGAUCAACUGUCGACUCAACUUCCUCACCAGGUCCAUGUUUACAGACCUGGUGUCUCUACGUGUUUUGAGGCUGUACAGUGAGAGCCCUCUGAUCCUGUUGGAGGGGGUCUUCAUUCCCCUGCUGUCUCUCUCCACGCUGGUCUUUGACCAGGUCGACUUCCGCUGUGACUGCUCCAACGGCUGGCUUCUGGACUGGGCUGACAACUCUCGCAAAACACAGGUGGUGCUCCUGCAGCGACAGCAGUGCAUCUGGCACUACCAACGACUCAACUUCCUGUCCACCAUGGAGCGCCUGUGCCAGACCGAAGACGACUUCCUGUCCUACGUCUCCACAACGGCCACUGUGUGCACCCUCCUGUGCUUGGCGCUAGGAUACCGCUUCCUCCGAUGGCCCUGUGUCGUUCUAUUCUUUCGUCUGAGAGGAUGGGUGGAGCGACGUGUGGGGAGGAGGUGGUGGAGGAGGAAGAGGAGGAUGGGGGGACAGUGGGAGGAGCUGAUAGAGGGGGAAGAGGGAGAGGAGGUGAGGUAUGAUGCGUUUGUGUCAUUCAGCAGUGGUGAUGAGGCGUGGGUACUGGGAGAGAUGGCCCCGAUGCUAGAGGAGGGGGAGCCACGACUACGACUGUGUCUGCACCACCGAGACUUUGAGGUAGGGAAGGGCAUCGUGGAUAACAUCGCUGAGAACAUCUACUGCAGCAGGAGGACGGUGUGUGUGUUGACCAGACGCUACCUGAGGAGUGACUGGUGUGGCCUGGAGAUGAGAGUGGCCACACACCGCCUGUUGUCUGAGCACAGCCACAGACUCAUCCUCAUCUUCCUAGAACACAUCUCCCCCUUCGAGCUGUCCGCCUUCCACAGACUGGCUAAGCUGGCCAGAACCCGGACCUACCUGGACUGGCCCCAAGAUGAGGACGAGAGGGUAACGUUCUGGGAGCGUUUACGACGAAACAUCGCAGAGAGAGACGCAGACGAACUGCAUGAUCCUCCGGAAGCAUCCUGAAGUCAUCUGCAUGUUCCACGUGAUGUUCUACGUUUAGAGAGUUCGCUACUGAUCUCAGAUAAGGGUGACAUCAAGGGACUCCUUUCUGGCCUUUGUUUUUGCAUAAUAUUUUGACGUUGAUUUCUUUGCCUUCCACUUAUCAGACACUCUUAUCCAGAGCGACUUACAGGGUUAAGUGCCUUGCUCAAGGCCACGUCGGCAUAUAUUUCACUUAGUCGGCUCUGGGAUUUGAACCAGUAACCUUUCGGUUACUGGCCCAAUGCUCUUAAACGCUAGGCUACCUUUCCUUUGUCUCCUUUCUUUCAUUCACUGAUUGUUCAAUUAACAAUUGAACAGCAACUGUGCUGUGUGUAUUUGAGCACAAAGACAACAUUAAUAUGCUAAACAUUCUCCCAUGGAAACAACACAUUUCAAUUGGUUAGAUAUUGUUUCCAGUAUAUGACCAUUUGUUUUUAUACAUGUUGCACUCUGUAACUCAUUGAUGCAAUGUGAUUUUACAGUAGCUUUAUAGUGCAACACUCCUCCCAUCUAAAGCAGAGACCCACAUAGUAUAGCUGCUGUCUCAGCUAUACUGACUAAAAUGUGUGUGUGUGUGUGUGCAUGCUUGCAAGAGUCCUUGUCUGUGUGUGUGUUUGAAAGUGGUGUAUGCUGUCUACCUGCCCUCUCCUCAGUAAGUCCCAGGGCCUGUUGGUUCUAACCCUCUGCAGCAGAAGGACAGUGUCUUGUCAUCACUAGAGAUCCAUUGCUACAGGCUGAGAGAUGAGGGUUAAUAAGCCAUCCUGGUCUGUGUGAAAGCUGCUGACUAAUCAUGCUGAUGAUGCAUUUCUACAGUGUUGCGUGAAUAAAUGGGGACGUGUCUUUUUAAGAUUUGGAAUAGUCUAAACCUUCAGGCAAAGUGUGUGUGUGUGUGUGUUUCAUUUUCAAAUCCAAAGAUAAUAGAGUCGUGUUGGACAUAUGUUUUUGUAGUUAUAUCCUCAUCGCUGUGUUUGCUCAAUUAUUAAACGGACAUUCAACUGCAAUGGAA